AUGUUGUUUGUGAAUGUCAUCCCUUCUGAGCCUCAGCCUGAGCAAGUUCCCAUAGUGCCCAUAGUGCCCACAGUGCCCACAGUGCCCAUAGGGGACCAAAGUUCUGUUGGUAUGAACUUUGAAAACCAACAUGCGAAGGAUGGUGAAAUCGGACCUAACGCCAUUGUUGUCUACGUAGGCAAAGAAAAGGCUGUAGAGGGUGAUUCUAAUAAAGAGGGUGAAGCUGAAUCACGUGAUGAAGGUGAUGAAUAUACUGAGCCACGCCCUGUUGUAGAACCGUUAAAGUCGGACAAGGUGCGUUAUGUGGUCAAAUGUCCUAAAGAAGGAUGUAACUGGGGUUUACGAGGUGGUAGGAUUCGAGGGCAAAUGGAAACUCCACCUCCGAAAAUUAUCAUGGAUCUUGUCAAGACAAAAUUAGGUGUUGAUAUAUCAUAUUCCACGGCGUUGAGAGGGAAAAAUCAAGCUGUUACUGAUUUGAAAGGUAGCCCAGAAGAAAGCUACAAGAUGCUGCGAUGUUAUCUGCACAUGUUAGAGAAGGUUAAUCAUGCUUUGGGAGCUAGCAUUGAAGGAUUUAAAGUCAUGAGGAAAGUUAUAACUAUGGAUGCAACUUUUCUAAAGAACGGAUAUAAGGUAUUUAUGACUGACAGAAAUACAAGUCUCAUAAAAGCUAUAGCUAAUGUGUAUCCUCUGGCUCAUCAUGGUUUUUGUAUAUGGCAUUUAUCCCAAAAUAUGAAAGGUUAUGCUCGUAACGUGAACAAAGACGUUGUUGCAUGGAGAUUCAUGGAGUGUAGUAGGUUUUACACAGUGGCUGAGUUCAACAUUGCUUACGCAUCUUUUACGACAAGAUAUCCUUCUGCUGCCAAGUAUCUUGAAGAAUCUACCCAGAAAGAAAGAUGGGCACGAUGUGUUUUUCCAGGAGAUAGAUACAACCUAGACACAAGCAACUGUGUUGAAUCGUUGAACAGUGUAUUCAAAGAUGCAAGGAGGUACUCCUUGAUACCCAUGCUUGAUGCAAUACUUAAAAAAUUCUCUGAAUGGUUUAAUGAACAUCGAAAAGAUGCUGUGUCUGGAUCAGUCGCAAAUAAAUUGGUGCCUUUAGUGGAGAACUACUUACAUGAUUUAUGGGCAACUGCUGAGAAACUAAAGGUGAUAGAGCUAAAUGGUUUCGAGCUUGAAUACAAUGUCAUUGACAGUGACGGAAAGCCUUAUUUGGUGAAGUUGCGAUUGAGAAGUUGCAGUUGUAGGUUUUUCGAUAUACAAAAGUAUCCUUGUGUGCAUGCAUUGGCGUCUUUCAUUACAUACCAAAAAUAUGGAGGUAAGGAUUUCGAGUUACAUGAGUUGUGUUCUAAGUAUUAUUGGACGGAGCUGUGGGCAAUUGCAUAUUGCAGGACAAUUUAUUUAGUACCUGAUAAGUCUCGAUGGGAUGUCCUAGAUGACGUCCAAGAUAUGGAGAUCAUACCUCCGAAUCGGAAAAUAAGAGGGGGAAGAAAGAAAACAAAAAGGUAUGCAUCUGCUGGGGAAAAACGACCAAAAACUCGACCUAGGACGCAGAAUAAAAGGCGCCGGAGACAAGGACUCCAAUGGUUGUUAUUUGGAGAUAAUGUUCAUGUUUGA